AUGUUCUGCGGUUCGUGUUUGGUUCAAGCUCUUCCCCACACAUGUGCGCGUGCAGACAUGAGCGCCUUCCGGGAACUUCCGCUGGAUGUCCUUCAUCCGGUGCUGCUCUGUCUAAAGGGUGAUUUAAAGUCCCUGGCCAGAUGCGCCCACAGUGGCCAACUGCUGAACCGCCAUUGUCGCCCUUUGCUUCAAAGGACUUGGCAUUGCAGAGCCUGCCAAGCCGAGCUCUUCCAGAGGGGAAACGACACCUACCGAGUUGGAACGGCCUAUUUUCAAGAUGGUCCUGCUAUUGUCGCCCACACAGGUCUGGAGGCCCUACAGAUCAUUGGCACCAGAGACUGUGUCGAGACCAAUGCGCCACUGUUCUCGCGGGUGUUGAGGGGUCGAUCCCGGGCGUUGUGGCAUGGCGGAGGGACCCAGAAACUCCAGGAGUCAUUGGUCGUUUGUAAAGACUGUGAGCGCUUUUUGGGGUCGAGGUUCCAGGUGGCUGGUGGUGGAGAGGAGCGAAGCGAAGUCGACUUCUGGUUGCUCUGUGAGCCUUAUUUGGUGGAGAUGGAGCUGAAAGGCGAAGAAAGAUCAGUUGUAAAGACAGAGACCAGUGAAACCAUCCUUCAUUGCAGUGGCAUUCGGAGUAGCAUUCCUGCACCGCGCGGUGAGCACCGUGCGUCCGCGUGUGGGCAGCCACUCUUCAGACUUGACUCAGUGCUAUCAAGGCACCAUAUGUGGAGGAUUCCUGGAUACGUCCUGGAAAGCGCUUGGUACAUCAACGAUUUUAUUCCGGACGCCAUCUAUGUUCGAUCUGCUUCGCCGCAUCAACUUGCACAGGGCUUGAUGGAGACGGCUGAUGUGCUCUGUGCCAGAUGCCACGGCGUGGUUGGGUGGAAGUUUGCCAGUGAUUUGUGCGCAAAGAAGCACAACAUACAUCAUGUUCAUCGCUUUGGCAUCUGCCGCUCCUCCAUCCUCGAAGAGAAGGAUGUGACGGACGACCUGGAGUCAGACCACCUCAGUGCAUCGGAGGAGUCCUUUACGUUUGCUUCCUUCUCUCCGAGCCUUUCGGAAGCACCGAGCUCCGGGGCGAACUCCGGCGAACUGCCCGGCAGUCCAGUCCAUUCCGGCGAGCUCUGA